GGGGAUCCUCGCUUCGUUCUCUCUGAAACCACAGCACCGACUUUUUGUACCAUGCAUGACAAUAAGCUUUUUAAUUCCUCCGAUGAUAAAACCUCUUCGCUCAUUCUCUAUGAUGCGAGUGGGGAUGAUAUUAGAUGCUUGUUUCGUAAAGCCCAGGCAAAAAGGAACACGCUUGAAUCGCCAUACUGUAGGGAUAAUUGCACGACAGACAUUGCUCCGUAUCAGUUACUGCACCGACCUGCAGGUUCCUCUACUGCUCGUAGAUUUUUGGGCCAGUUGUUUAGUGUCAUGUUCUCUCACGAAGAUCGAUAUUUCAACAACGACAGAACUGAACUAAGCAAGGAUAUAUUUCCGGCCUGAAACGCGUUUACAAUUUUCAUACCAACGACAUCCAUCUUACAAAUUGAUUAUUCAGUGUUGUGUUCUAUUUUUUUUCAUCAACCGUGGCUGGGUUACGGUUUUGUUGCAGGAUCAAAAGCAAUCAAGUGGUAUCGAUUUUUCAUGGCUGAGUUUCAAGGUGGCAACGUGUAGCACGACGCAUGCAAGUUAUCGCACAAGUUGCACAGAAUGAAGAAUUAGUCCGACACUCACUCCAUCAGAGCAAUACUGUAUAAUAUGAAGAAAUCUUAAAUUUAGAGGCAUUUUCAACCGGUCAGGUGCCUGACAACAUCUAUAAAAAUUAAGGGGUUACUUUUAAAUUCUC